AUGGCAUACUCCAACUUCUUCCACAGCAAACCACUCCCACUCCUUCCCCGAACCCCGUCUCCUUUGAAGAGGUAUCACCCCGGAACGAAGAUCUCCAAGGCCACUUUCGACUCCGGUUCCACUCGCGGUUCUACUCCCAGCCCUACUUCCUCUACGGGCCCGAUCCCGAUCCCCGUUCCGAGUCGGAUGAGUUCGAGCGUGGAGAUACCCGAGAUACAUUUCUCUCCUCCGCCGCUUUCGCUGUCACCUUCGUCUUCUCUGUCGGGGUCUGAGGGGUCUUUUUCGGUGUCGUCUGACAUUGGUGAUGAUCACGACCAUUGCUGCUACGAGCAGUAUCACCAGCCCGGUCACAAUCAUGAAUACGGUACCUACUUUUCUACCAAGGAGAAUGAAAAUACCAACCACGUCCACGCUCAAACUCAUACCCUCCACCCCACCCUCCUGAUCCCAGGACCCGAAAAGGACAACCGCCGCAGCUCAGUUCUCAGCGACAGCGAGAUCAGCGUUCUGGAUUUGGGACCCAGUCUCAGUCCAACAUCCUCUGGUUCUGCAACCGAAGUUUGCAGUCCGAUUAGUCCGGUUGGUGAUGCUGAGGGGGUUCCAGCACCUUCUUUGACCGUGGGAAUGGCAAUGAGUCCGGUGGGCCCAGUACCUGGCAUCGACGGCGUGGAGAACGGUCCGUUUGCUUUAGAAUUUGGAAUUGGGCUUGGGGCUAAGGAGAAGAGUUACCGGGGACUGUCGACAUCUAAUUCUACUGGUUUGAAUGGUGCUGUCGAGGCGGAUACUUGGGACUACCGAUACGGAUAUGGACGUCAAUACGACUAUGAUUACGCGGAAGGAGAUAUGUUUGGAUAUGGCUAUGGAGGAGACGGUUCCGACAGCCCCCAUCCUCUAUUGGUUAUGCCACGGCUAGAACGGGAUGGUGGUAGUAGUGGCAGGGCUAGUCACGAGCACAGGCAUGUACGCAAGGCCGAAGUGACCGUGUCGUCGCCGGUAUUGAGACCCCUGAGAACCACGCGGAAGGACAAGGCGAGACAGGCGGUAUCUUUCUGGUCGAGGAGGGCUUUGGGGUUGUGA